UUAUCGGCCUAAUCUUAAAGUAUGUAAGUCAAAUUGCGUUUUGAGUAAAAUUAUAUUCGAAUUAAGAAAUUUAACUUAUUUUAUUCCGAAUUUUUUAAUCAGCUCACACGAAAACUUGUUGAAUGUUGGUAUUAUGCAAGAAAUUGACUUACCAUGUUUACAAUCCAGUAAACUAGGGCAGUGUGUGAACGUGCAGAAUGCGCCCCGAGGGGCCGGGCUGAGCCAGAAUGGUGGCUAACAUUGGCGUCAUCAACCCAACAAAUGUUGAGGCGACGGCGUAUAUAAGUGCGGUGGCAGCGUUCGCGGCUGUGGUGCUCGUGCUACUGCUAUUCCUGGGCAGGAGGUGGUGUCAUUCGACCGUAUUCAAUCGCAAGUGCUGCGACGACAUCCUCGCUGUAAAUCCACGAAACCCGACCCCUUGCCUUCCAAUAGAAAAUGCGCAGAUCGAUGCUUUGUCGAAACCGAACAAUUUUCCCGACCGUGUAUUUGCGUUCGAGACCUCCGACUCGGAUGACGACCUGCGCUUGCGCAUACAACAGGAUAAAGAAGAAUGUCACUACGAAGAGAAGAACGAGAAUGCUUCAGCUCCUGUGAAGCUCGAAGUGGAGCUGGUGGAGACUGCGCUAAGGGAAACAACGCUAAGGGAGACGAAGAUCGACGAUGUCGUGCCGCAGAGAACGGAGUACCUUCACACACUCGAAGCACAGAGCAGCGUCGAUAGUGAUGUCAUAGCACAUAAUGAUACUUCCCUACUUUGUGGUGAAAGCUCUCAAGAGCGUGGGUCAAUCGAGCUGACACUGUUGUACGACGCGCCAGUUCGUUGCAUGACGGUACACGUGCUGCAAGGCCGCUCCCUUCCUCUAAAAACCACCGGACAGAUAUUGCAGAGUCAGGUUCGAGUUGUUCUGCUGCCGUUGAAGAAACAGAAGUUCAAAUCAAAGAUCCGAAAUGGAGAGAAUCCUCAAUACAUGGAGAGCUUCGUUUUGCAUAAAAUGAAUCCUGAGGAUGUACACGGUCUUGGCCUGAGAAUCCGUGUGUAUGGAUGCGAACGCAUGCGUCGGCAGCGACUGCUGGGCGAGGCAGCUGUCUCGUUCGCAUCUCUUAAUCUCGAGCUAGAAAACAAUCUGUGGCUUCAGCUCGCACCGAGACAACACCAUCAAACUAGCUUACAGCUACCAAAACUCGAGUUGACCAGUACAAUAACAGGGGUGCUGGCCAGUCCCUCGUCUAUAGCGACGGUGACUACUCCAUCAGCAGGAGCCGCGGGCGGUGAAGCCUGCAGCCUCGCUCGGUCGGACUCCGCCUCAUCCUGCUGCAGUGCCAGAUCAGCACCAGAACUAUUACUUGGUCUACAGUACAACUCUACGACGGGCCAUUUGUCUGUUGAGAUAAUUAAAGGGACACAUUUCCGAAAGCUGUCUCCGAACAAGGCCCCCGAUACAUACGUGAAGCUCUGCCUCAUCAGCUCUCUCGGUAUGGAGAUGGGACGCUGUAAGUCUACCACGCGACGGGCACAAUCCAAUCCGCUGUAUAAGGAGCUGUUUAUAUUUCAGGUGGCUCUUUUCCAACUAAGCGAGGUGACGUUGAUGGUGUCCGUCUGGUGGCGUCGCAGUGUCAAACGAAACGAGAUGGUCGGCUGGUUCUCUUUAGGACACAGUUCUUCGGGACGUGAAGAAGAACGACACUGGAGGGAGUUGUGUGACCGACAAGGGGAGCAGGUACAACGGUGGCACGUUCUGUUGGAUUCCUGACGAUCGCCGACUUAGCGCACGGAAGCGCUCGCCUGAAUUGUCUACGCCACGGCUCGGGUUCCCCUUCGGUCCCAAGUCGUGAGCAGGCCGUUUCCCGAUCAUUCUAUAUCGGGGAACCAUGCAUCCACGAUUUCACUGGUUCAAUCACUUUCCACGUGACUUCGUUUUUGAUGACCACACUCGUGGUUCGCUUUUUUAAUAAAAGCAGCGAUGUUUUUUCGCGUAAUCCGUUUUUCUUGUGCGGGCCGCAUAGUUGAACUCGUGUGAGAUUUUUUCAUAACUUCAAAAUUAAUUCAUUCCGAAUCCUUACGAACAGUACGUGUAUGGAAUUCAAGGAAAAAAUUUGUUUAAAAAGUUGAAAUUAUGGAAUGAAAACAGUAACAUUUAAUACACUUUUUUUUUUAAUUACAUUUAUGUACAUAUACCUAAGCACCAGUUUCAGCUGCGGCCUGAAAUUUUUUGAUGAUCGCACAAUAUUGUAUCGCGUGAGCACGCUCUUAAUGUUUCGAUGUUGUUAAUAUUAUUAAUGAAACGAUUGUUAUUAUAAAUUUGAAAUUUAUUACAUUGUAAUAUGUACGCGCUUUUCGCAUUGAAUGCAUUAGGAAUUGUAACGUUCCGAUUUUUAUUAAAUUUUGUAAAGGUUACUUACUAAUUUGCUCGUAUGUAAAUUGGUAUGUAGGUCGUAUAUUGUAUAAAACUUGAAGCCUUUUGUUCAAAAAUUGAAAUCAGCGUGCAGAUUUGAUUUUUAACAUAUUACCAGAUAAAAGGAGGUGUAUUUUACUUUCAUUACAGACAGGCUAUUUAGAUUUCUAAGAAAAUAGUCACAUGUUUUUUUUUAAUUAUUGGUGCCCGUGUAGGCAGACGAGCAUACGGCCCACCUGAUGAUCAUUGGUUACCGUCACCCAUGAACUUCAGCAAUGCCAGGGGCAGAGCCAAGCUGCUGCCUACAUGUUCAAAAUAAGUAAAUUGUUUUGGAUUAGUCAAAAAGUAUGCAUUAUCUAACCUAACUUAUAGUUUUAGUACCUGUUGUUGACUCUUAGGUACUCGAGUGAAAACAGUGCACUUGAUGUAUCAAUUAAUAAUAAUAAAAGCUGAUUUCAUGUACUUACAUACUUAAAAGAUCGAAAAAGUUUCAAGUUUUAAGUUUUGAAACGAAAAAGAUUUUGAUGAUAACCUUUUUAUAAUAUAAUAUAUUUAAUAUAAAGACUUGCAGCGCACAACACUUGUGAGAUAGUUAUAAUGUACUAGAAUUGAUAUUUAUUGAAUACUCAUAUUAUACACAGAAUUUAGGACGGCCCAAAUAAAUUAAAUACCUACCUAUUGUAUUUACAAUUUAUGAAAAUUAUGCUAUUCAUUUCCCAAUUAACGACACUAGGUCAAACAACUUUAAAAUUUAUAAUUAAUAUAUCUACGUACCUAAAAUCAAUUGCUAUAUUAAAUGAUGAGUUAUGUAAAUAUUCAGUAAAACAGUUCUUAAAAUAAAACUCAGGUUAAAAUUACUAUUGAUAAAAUUGCAUGUUUUUAUUAAAUUUUCUUUAUUAGUUACGUAAGAUUCUUAGUAGGUUAUUAUAUUCGAUUACGAAUAUUCGUGUAGCGCUAACUUCAUCUCCAUGCCUCCAAUGAACACUACUCUAACUCCAAAUUCGUAGGUUUACAGGAGGAGAGUUUAAAAGAAAAAACUUGAUAGGUGUCAAGGGACACCCGGAUGGAACGAAGUUCCUUUCGAUUAAUUAGUGAAGGAAUUGUAAUUUUUUUUUAAGUUAUAAUAAUAAAUUACGGCAUUAUGAAGAAGAAAAAAACAAUACUAUGAACUAAAUUACUAUUGUUGAAACGCUAUCUCGAGAAACUGUACUCAUUACGCGGACCAAUCGGAUACGAGCAAUGUCACGCGAUAAGCGCCUACACGUUGAUUGGUCAGAAUGACGGAUCUAAAAAGUGUCGUGACAACUUUUCGUAAGAUUUUUUUCCGUCUAGCCCCCUUUCACAACGCGCGAUAAGGAACUUCGUUCCAAAAGUUGGUAAAAUCUUUAUUAUUGCAGAUAUAUUUAUGGUUUUUUCUUGUGUAACUAGCUGAUUUACUCUUGCUUCGAACCCCAUCAAUAAUGAAUUUGUAAUACUUUGAAAAUAGUGAAGCGAUUUGCGUGAAAAACGAAAAUUUCAAAAUUUUGAGUUAGAGUAGUGUUCAUUGGAGGCAUCGAUCUUACCUUAAGAAGUAUUAUGAAAACAGUUACACAAUUUAAAAUAGGGAUUAAAAUUAUGACGAAUUAUGAAACGAAUACUCGAGAAAAUAUUGAAAUUGAAACAUUAAAAAGAUCAUUUUAUGAAUGAAUAGAUAGUGAUAUUAUAAUUUUUACAGCUUUAUGUUAGUUCUUGGAAAUACUACUUGUUUUAAUCCAAGAGGCAUAGACAAAAACACUAUGUCGUAAUAUUUAUAUUUUAAAGAGCUUUAACCCUUCAUUAUAAAAGUUGCUAUUUAAAAAAAAAUUAUUAAAUUAGAUUACGAGACAGUGUUUUACUAAAAACAACACAAAGAGAAAUAUUUAGAAAACGUCAAACGUCUCGUUAACGAGUUUAUUUUAUGGACAGCGUGUAAUAAAAGUUAUUAAAUAGAAACAAGCAUACAUCUAAGCGCCAAGACUGUAAUUAAACAAACGGUUAUUGUCUACGUUGUUCGCGCCUUUUGGCAGGAACGCAAGAUAGCAAGUCAUGUGAAUUGUUUUGUUUUAUUAAUUUAGUGUUGCUGUAAGUUUGGGCGUGUAAUAAUAGUGGAUUUUUUAUUUUGCUUGGGAUCUGUGAAUAAGUGUGGAGAAAAGCAAACAAAUUGAUGGACAUAGUGCUCACCUUUAGUUCAAUUUGAUUCCAAAACCAGUUUUUUUUUCCCCAAAAAUUAUGGCCUAUGGCCUCAGCCUUUGUUAUUAAAGAUUUUUCUGCAAGGGCUACGUUCCAAUGGUCGUGUACAACACUUUGUCCUAUGGACGAACCAAUAAUAAAAUUCCUGUCUGGUCGUUUUUAUAUAGAUAGAUGGAUAAUGUCGGGGCUCACCUUGUUGAAGGCUCUUUUAUAUUAUAGGUACAUAACUGCUAUUUUUCAAAUUACAUACCCACCUAGACAACUGGGCAAUGCAAAGCCAUCGUCGCCCUAGCCACAUACUAUCCUCCCGAUCCACUCUCAGUGCUUUUAGCCAGUGAGUCGCGAUUUCGAUCCGGAGGCACAUUCAGCGAAGCACUGCUCUUGUUAAGGCUAGCAAGUCCUCCCAGGUUGAGCCCGUUAGACUACCUAUCAAUGGGGGCGUAGUUUGAAUACCCCUUAGGCUACCAGGGAAAUAACCUGUUGUGCUUCUUUAUUUUGACUGAUCGUCUGCUUUUCAGUGGUUACCAGCUCACAAUAUGCUUCUACAUGUAAUUAAGCAGUUUGUAAAUUUAGAUUUUUAUUAAGCUUGAUGUUACUCUUUCAUCGUAAAAGUCGUUCGUAAAGACGAUGUUGCUACGUGCUUAUAAAGAAAAGUAUGUAUCUGGCGUGCGAUUUGAACCACUCUAUACACCGGACAUCUUACCCUUUAACCAAAUAAUGUUUAUAAAAUAUUUUAAUUACGCUUUAAAAAUUUUAAAUAGAAAUAUCUAAUCCCAAUAUUAUUUGAAUUAUCGAUGUGAGUGCGUUAGGUACCUACCCACUAACAGUGAAAUUAUUCAUUUUAAAUUCAGUUUCGUUUUCUCUAUGUAGGUACCUAUAAUUUGACCUAUGUAUAUUGUAGGUGUGCGAGAAAGAAAAAUAUAUAUUAUUAAUAUUAUUAAUCGGUCGUGUAGUUUUUAUAAUCCAAUCGUUUUUUAGAUUUACCAUUGACCAAUGUUCGUAUGAGACUUGUUACUUCAGUUUUCAAAAACGAAAGAAUUAUUUAAAUAAUAUGUAUAUGAAUAGUAUUGUCCAAAUGACAUUAAUAUAAUUCUCUACAUAUGGAGGUGCUUGAAAUGUGUAUUAAAUGUUCUAAUACAAUAGUGUUUUAGUAGUAUUUUGAAUAGUAAAAAAAAUGUAAACGAACCAAAUUGUAUUAUGUAGUUUGGCGUUGGAAAAUAAUAGCUUUUUAUGGAUGAGCAUCAGAUUAUUUACAUAUAUUACGAGUAUAUGUAUUAUAUUAUUAUAUAUGUAUUAUCUUAUGCUAAGUGCAAGGUUCCCGAAAUGUUGGUAGCCUUAUGGUUUCCGGUGUGAUAACGUUACUAAACUAGGCAGCGGCUUGGCUCGGCCCCUGGCAUUGCUGAAGUCCAUGGGCGACGGUAACCACUCACCAUGGGCCGUAUGCUCGUCUGCCUACAAGGGCAAAUAAAAAAAAAACUCGCCUGAAAUAUUCGCGCUUAUUUGUCUGGGUCAGUGACCCGAAGUCAAUUUUGAACUUCGAAACGAGACCCCUCCGUAAUUCUCGAUCUAAGGCCGGCUUUUGACGGGCUCAAAUUUGCGAAGGUCAACCUGUAUCGCAUCAUACCAACGAUAUCGAAUAAACUUCACUAACAGACAGUCCUACUCUCAAUAGACAAACUAGAUUUAAAUAAAUUUACUCAAAUAAUAAUAAAAAAAACUUCAGAGGGGUCAAGGGACACCCGGAUGGAACGAAGUUCCUUUCGAUUAAUGAGUGAAGGAAUUGUAAUUAUUUUUUUUAAGUUAUAAUAACAAAUUACGGCAUUAUGAAGCAGAAAAAAACAAUACUAUGAACUAAAUUACUAUUGUUGAAACGCUAUCUUGAGAAACUGUACUCAUUACGCGGACCAAUCGGAUACGAGCAAUGUCACGCGAUAAGCGCCUACACGUUGAUUGGUCAGAAUGACGGAUCUAAAAAGUGUCGUGACAGCUUUUCGUAAGAAUUUUUUCCGUCUAGCCCCCUAACGCGCGAUAAGGAACUUCGUUCCAAAAGUAACAUGCUUUCUGUUUCUUAUACAAGUUUUCCACUUUUUCCCGAAUCGAUACAUACACGAAAUAUUAUAAUUAAAACAAUAUGACGUUACGCUUAACCUCAAAAAUAAUUGUUUCGUUUGAGAAAAUUAUUCGAUAUUAAUUUUUGCUUCGGGAAUCGCUGUUUGCACUUUGUAUAGUGUAGGUGGAUAUCCUAAUGGAAGGAAAUCUUCACGAUUAAUAUGAUAAAUUGUCAAAUGCGUUUAUGAUGUUGAUGCAUUUUUAAAGAAUAUUGUUAGUCAAUAAUGAUUUUUGUAGAGUCUAGCACCCGUAUCUUUAGUCGUUUACACGAGCUUAACUUGACUCGACUCAACCUCCAACGCGCGUUUUGGUAUGAUUAGUCGUAAAAAUAAACUCCACUCAAACGUCCUUGGAAAAAUUUCCUAACCGGAGUGAAGUGAACGAACUGUCAAGUUAAGGUACGUCGCGACGUACCUUGAACGUUCCUCAAGGCUGGUUUUCUAUCAAUUUCCAAAUAGUAUGUGGGCCGCAAAUGGAAAUAUAUGAUAUUGUUGUGCAAUGGCCUGGAUCUGUGCAUGAUUCCCGCAUAUUUUGAUAAUUUAAGUUUGAUAAUAUUUAUUAAUAAAGUAAAUAGUUCGAGGUUAGACAUUUGAAACUCUUUAUUUUAUUUACCUACAUAAGAGACAUAUUUUGCUUACUACCUGAUAAAUAAAGUCAAUGCGAUUAUAAGUUUUAUUUAUAUAAUAAUAAACUGGUGGUUGUGGAAAAGCACUUCAACAACACGAUGCAACCAAAAUCACACAAAAGCGGCGAAUAAAAAUACAAAGCCGGAUCCGAAAUCUAAAAUAAUAAUAGGUUAGAAAAUAAAUAAUACACUUUCAGAUUUACCGCACGCACACAUAUUUACGAAUAACUCAGCAACCAAAACAUCAAACAAGUUCAUGUGUCAAACAGACAGCGGCAGCUUGACUUUGACAUUAAACAAUGACCAUAGACUACAGAACUCUAUGGGUUUGAUGCUAGCUUGAUCAAAUUUUCAUCAUUAUUACCUCGCUCGAGGACAGUUGAGGAAUAUUGUAAUGGUCGACUAAAAAUACCAAACUCGAGUAAGUUUGGAGGGAAUUCUCGAGCAUCAUCGGAUGAGUUAAGAGUGGAGGACUAUUUUACGAAACGUCUAAAGAUACGGGCAUAGGACUCUGAGGGCUCUGAGGAAAACAGUAUAAGUCAUUUUAUAGAUUUUAGUCACGAUUUACUCAUGAAUCUUUGUUUACACGUGUAACGUUAGCUUUCUAUAAAACAUUAUUUUAAUAGGUUAAGUUUUUUCUAAUACUAAAUAAUAUAUUCAUUAAACUAAUUACACUACCACAUUUGAAAGAAAAAGAUUAUAUCAGUCAAAUCAGAAAAAUGUUAAUGUUGUGAUUUUCAUAUUGAUAAUUAUUAAUCUUUUUUUACAAUAACUAUUUGUGCCAUUCACUACAUACUUUUGACUGUAAUAAAAUUUUAUGCAAAUAUAUACGGAAUUCCUUAGGUUAAUAUUGUUUUCACUAGUUUUAGUUUACCAUUUUGACCCGCGCAGAAGCCAACCACUACAUACAGUGAAAGUAUUUAUAUCAAACGAUAAAAAAUAUUUGAUCCUGAAACAAAACUGCGUGAGUCAAUUAAACGCGAAUCUCAAACUCUAGUAUCUAGCGUACUAUUCCGCUUGAUGUCCAAAUAAUUGUAGUUUUUGAAUGUUAUCGUAUGUUAUUUAUAUCACGGCUGUGUUUAAUUGAAUCUGUACUCAUUUUCUUAAACAUUCCCAGCUAAUCUUUACGUUGCUCCAAUACAGAUUAUUUAUUAUAAACUUAUGUUAUCGAAUAUAUAAAAUAGUAAGAUUAAAGAAAUUGGUUGAGAAAUAACUAAGUUUUGAAUCUGGAUAGCGAAGUGCUCCGAUUACCCGAACACUGUUCAUAUUAUUUAACAUGGAUGCCUUUACAUUAUUUUUGAACUAAUUGCGGGGUUGGUCUCGCACUUGUUUGUAUGCGAUUGUGAGGGGUGAGCAACCUUUUUAAUCAAUUUUUUUUGGCGGGCCGCACAUCGAUUAUCUCCUAAUAAUAACUUACGAAACUUUAUUUAUAAUAAAUAUUCAAAUUAAAUUUUAGAAAUGAUUGGCGAGCCGCGUGUUGCUCAUCCUUGCACGGUAGUAUCACGCACUCAACACAGAAAAAUGGUGAAUGUUAAGCCAAGUUUAUAUAGAUCUUAAAUAUACUUUACAAAGAUUUUAUUCUUCGUGCAUUCUUUCACCGCAGAAUCAAUCUUCUAUUUUAGUGUUGCCAACAACAGCUUAUUAUAGUAUCCACUCCCUAAAUAAUAUCACAUGUAAAUGCAAUGCUAACUCACCAAGUUGUCGUAAGUACCUACAAUUUCAAAUUUAUCAAAAAAACCAACUAUUCGCCAAGAUUAUUAAAAUAACUGAAAGGCUAUUUAAGUACGUUUGAAUUGAUAUUUAUGGCUGUCGUUUUUUUUUUAUUAUCAUGUAGACACUAAUUGUGUGUACCUACCAACCAAACGUUGCAAUGCAAUUUUUUUUUACACUCACUGCAUAAAAUAUUUGAAGUUGUUAACAUUUUUGAAAACGUGUAAUGACUAUUUCUCAAUAAAUCACUUUAUACAUUUUUCCUAAA